AUGUGUGCGGAAGACGUUGAGAAGCUUGUGAAUGACCGACUUCGAGACUUGAAGAUUGGUGGGGACAUCAAGGAUGCACUACGUAAGGAGAUGGACCAGGCGAUCUAUACUCAUUUCACCCCUGAAAUCGAGCAAGUUGCUCCCCCGAAGCAAUUCUCAACACCUUCGUUUAUACAUUUCAAAGGGGAUUUCGAUCCCGAGAGCCACCUAAAACACUUCAAAAGUGUCAUGAUCCUCCACAAGGCUGACGACGCACUGAUGUGCAAAAUGUUUACAAUGACUUUGCGAGGAGCAGCUCAAGACUGA